GACACCGGGAGGCCAGAGCCGGCGCGGGCAGUAGGCGGCGGCGGCAGCUUGUUGGCGGCAUCGGCGGCGAGGAUGCUGCCUGGGAGGCUGUGCUGGGUGCCGCUCCUGCUGGCGCUGGGCGUGGGGAGCGGCAGCGGCAACGGCAGCAGCGGGGGCAGCCGGCGGCGCCGCCUCCUCGCGGCUAAAGUCAACAAACAUAAGCCAUGGAUCGAGACCUCUUAUCACGGAGUCAUAACUGAGAACAAUGACACAGUCAUUUUGGAUCCACCACUGGUAGCCCUGGAUAAAGAUGCACCAGUUCCUUUUGCAGGGGAAAUCUGUGCAUUCAAGAUCCAUGGCCAGGAGCUGCCCUUUGAGGCCGUGGUGCUCAACAAGACAUCUGGGGAGGGCCGCCUCCGAGCCAAGAGCCCCAUUGACUGUGAGCUGCAGAAGGAGUACACGUUCAUCAUCCAGGCCUACGACUGCGGUGCCGGGCCCCGGGAGACGGCCUGGAAGAAGUCACACAAGGCCGUGGUCCAUAUCCAGGUGAAGGACGUCAAUGAGUUUGCUCCCACCUUCAAAGAGCCAGCCUACAAGGCCAUCGUGACGGAGGGCAAGAUCUAUGACAGCAUCCUGCAGGUGGAGGCCAUCGACGAGGACUGCUCCCCCCAGUACAGCCAGAUCUGCAACUACGAAAUUGUCACGACAGAUGUGCCUUUUGCCAUUGACAGAAAUGGCAACAUCAGGAACACUGAGAAGCUCAGCUACGACAAGCAACGCCAGUAUGAGAUCCUGGUGACGGCGUAUGACUGUGGACAGAAGCCCGCUGCUCAGGACACCCUGGUGCAGGUGGACGUGAAGCCAGUUUGCAAGCCUGGCUGGCAAGACUGGACCAAAAGGAUCGAGUACCAGCCUGGCUCGGGGAGUGUGCCCUUGUUCCCCAGCAUCCACCUGGAGACGUGCGACGGUGCCGUGUCCUCCCUCCAGGUCACCGCGGAGCUGCAGACCAAUUACAUUGGCAAGGGCUGUGACCGGGAGACCUAUUCUGAGAAAUCUCUUCAGAAACUCUGUGGAGCCUCCUCGGGCAUCAUUGACCUCCUACCGUCCCCCAGUGCUGCCACCAACUGGACGGCAGGACUGCUGGUGGACAGCAGUGAGAUGAUCUUCAAGUUUGACGGCAGGCAGGGUGCCAAGAUCCCAGAUGGGAUUGUGCCCAAGAACCUGACAGACCAGUUCACCAUCACCAUGUGGAUGAAGCACGGCCCCAGCCCUGGCGUGAGAGCCGAGAAGGAGACCAUCCUCUGCAACUCAGACAAAACCGAGAUGAACCGGCAUCACUACGCGCUCUACGUGCACAACUGCCGCCUCGUCUUCCUCCUGCGGAAGGACUUCGACCAGGCCGACACCUUCCGCCCCGCCGAGUUCCACUGGAAGCUGGACCAGAUUUGUGACAAAGAGUGGCAUUACUAUGUCAUCAAUGUGGAGUUUCCUGUGGUUACGCUGUACAUGGAUGGAGCCACAUAUGAGCCCUACCUGGUGACCAACGACUGGCCCAUUCACCCGUCUCACAUAGCCAUGCAGCUUACUGUCGGUGCUUGUUGGCAAGGGGGAGAAGUCGCUAAACCCCGGUUUGCGCAGUUCUUCCACGGCAGCCUGGCCAGCCUCACCAUGCGCCCUGGCAAGAUGGAAAGUCAGAAGGUGAUUUCCUGCCUGCAGGCCUGCAAGGAAGGGCUGGAUAUUAACUCCUUAGAAAGCCUCGGGCAAGGAAUAAAGUAUCACUUCAACCCCUCGCAGUCCAUCCUAGUGAUGGAAGGGGACGACAUUGGGAAUGUCAACCAUGCCCUCCAGAAGGUGUCCUACAUCAACUCCAGGCAGUUCCCGACGGCAGGCGUGCGGCGCCUCAGAGUGUCCUCCAAAGUCCAGUGCUUUGGGGAAGAUGUGUGCAUCAGCAUCCCUGAUGUGGAUGCUUAUGUGAUGGUCCUGCAGGCCAUCGAGCCCCAGAUCACCCUCCAGGGCACAGAUCGCUUCUGGAGACCUGCCUCCCAGUUUGAAAGCUCCAGAGGAGUGAUCCUCUUCCCCGACAUCAAGAUCGUGAGCACCUUCGCCAAGGCUGAGGCUCCUGGGGACAUGAAAAGCACAGGUACAGCUCCCAAAUCGGCAGUCCUAGAAGAAAUGCUUCACAACUUAGACUUCUGUGACAUUCUGGUGCUUGGAGGGGACUUGGACCCUCGGCAGGAGUGCUUGGAGCUCAGCCACAGUGAACUGCACCAGCGACACCUGGAUGCCACCAACUCCACUGCAGGCUACUCUAUCUAUGGUGUGGGCUCCAUGAGCCGCUACGAGCAGGUUCUGCGUCAUAUCCGCUACCGCAACUGGCACCCGACUUCUCUUGACACCCGGCGGUUCCGGAUCAAGUGCUCAGAGCUCAAUGGGCGCUACACUAGCAACGAGUUCAACUUGGAGGUCAGUGUCCUCCACGAAGUCAGAGCCUCAGACAAGGAGCAUGUCAACCACCUUAUUGUGCAGCCUCCCUUCCUCCAGUCUGUCCAUCACCCCGAGUCCCGCAGUAGCAUCCAGCGCAGUUCAGUGGUCCCGAGCAUCGCCACAGUGGUCAUCAUCAUCUCCGUGUGCAUGCUAGUGUUUGUGGUGGCCAUGGGCGUGUACCGAGUGAGGAUUGCCCACCAGCACUUCAUGCAGGAGACCGAGGCUGCCAAGGAGGCCGAGAUGGACUGGGACGACUCUGCACUGACCAUCACGGUCAACCCCAUGGAGAAACACGAAGAACCAGGCCACGGGGAAGAGGAGAGCGAGGGAGAGGAGGAGGAGGAGGAAGCAGAGGAAGAUGUGAGCUCCAGCAGCAGCGACUCUGACGACAGCGAAGAGGAGGAGGAGGAGGGGAUGGGCAGAGGCAGGCACGAGCGGAGUGGCGCCAGGCAAGCCCAGCUAGAGUGGGAUGACUCCACCCUCCCCUACUAGUGUCCCAGGCCUGCUCCCAGCCCGCGUGUCCCUUUUGUAAAGCCCGACCCAGUGUAUGCCCGAGUCUAUCACGCUCGCCGCCGAUUUCGAUGACAGGUCUGGGUGGCCUUCUCCGGCUUUCUAGAACCUGCCCCACGUGCCUGGGGCAUUGAUUGUGUCCAAGCAAAGGGCAGCUCCAAGAAGCCCAGUGUCACCACCAGUGCAGACUUCAGGGUGGACUUUGUCCUGUAGUCCCCACAUCUCCUGCCCUGGGCUCACCUGGCUCCCUGCCAGCCAAGCCUCAGAGUUCUGAACAGCUCGCUCCUUUCUGCACGGGAGAAGGUCCACCCUGGUGUCACUCCCUCCCCCAGGCUCAGUGUCCCCAAGGCCGUUGGGGUCCAACUCACUGUGCGCACACCUGACUAAGUGUCUCUGUCCACCCACACCAGCAGGUCCUCCCUGCGGUGACUCUCCAAGGCUCCUCUACGCAGGGAGGGUGGCAGGACUUCACAUAACUAAGGUCCUAGGGCUCAGCACUUGAAAGAAAGCCCCUUGUUGAUGAAGAAUUGAGUUUAUAGGGAAAGGGACACCCCCUACACACUCACAUACACACAGUCCCCAGCCUGGAGACCCUUUCCUUUUGCUUCUUUCUGAGGCCACUUGAGCUUAUAUGACAAGUCCAAAACCAAGAGCUGGUCUUUGACCACAAGCAGAGCCUGUCCCCAGUUGAAGGGGCCAGCCUGCCAGGGGACAGCUGAGACCUGUGUGGCUGCCCUGCCUGGCUGCCCAUCACUCCAAACCACCAUGCUCAGGGAGCAUUCCACCUGGACCCCACCCCCCAAUGUCACAGUAAGGGAGGAAGGAUGGCUGAUGGAGGGACAGAUGGGGCUUCAUGGCAGACAGUCUUGGGAGACAAGUGGGUGUGGCUGGACUCCCUGGCCCAAGCGCAGCCCCCAGGUUGGCAAGGCUCCCUCCACCGAGCCUCGUGGUCCUUUAUCUCCUGUGUCACAGGUUUUCCUCUUGAGAGCGUACACCCCUCUCCGAUAGAUGAGAAAAUGUGUGAACUGCAACUGUCCAAGGUGACAGUUUGGAAGUUUAACUGCUGGGGAUUAGAAAGAUAUUUGCAAUGAUAGAGGCUGUUUCUUUCUUCUCAUAAAAGAAGGUCUAGGGGACAAAUCUAUCCCAAAAUCCUAAUUUCUUUUUCUUUCUUCUUCUUCUUUUUUUUUUUAAAUAAGAAAGUCUUUUCCAUUGCCACUCUAUUGUGGACACAUCGUGAGGAAAAUUGUUGCUAUAGUAACCAGGGGGUGAUCUUUGUGACCAAAAGAAUACCAGUCAAGAACUAAGGCUAUUACAAGACUUCCACGAGGCUCUGAGGACACGUUUGCCUCAAACAUCUCGGGUACCUCUUUGUCCUCAGUGUGUUCUAGCUGUCCCCUCUUCUCACCCCUCCCUGAGCCCUUCCCGUGUUGGUUUGGCACAGGUGCAGAGUGGGUACCUUUAAUUAAUCCUCUUGUCAUCCAAACACAGAGCUUAAGUAGGGGGGACCAUAGACAAUGGCCUCUUAUCCAGCCUCCACCCAGCCAGGGUCCAUGGAAAGUCUCUGCAACCCUUUGAAUGGCGAAAACUACUUUAUACAGCUUUUUCUCCUGAAGGGCUUUUUAAAUUUUUGGCAUCCCUCAUCCUCCGUCACACCUCACAAUAACCCUGUGAAAUAUUUGAGACACCUGUUGUUAGACACAUUUUCAUGAUGAGGAUACCAAGGCUCAGAGAUGCAGUGUCUUGCUCAAAGCCAUUCAGAGGUAUAGAAAAGACUGGAUGCCUCACCCUCCACUUCACUUCCAGGAUUCUAAUGACCCUCCCACCAUGCACCUAACAGGCAUCCUGAGCACCUACUAUGUGCAGGCACUCUACCAGGAACUGUGGGGAAGGGAUGAAGUGCCCUCCCCUCAGAGAACCUGACAGUUGAGGAAGGGACAAACAGGCCCUAUGCAGGCACAUGAAGAGGGAGGGGCGGGAGAAAUCACAGGAAAAAGAGGGACAUGGUUGCAAACCCAGCCAGGGCUCUUAAUUUUCCCCUUCUUGGGAAAAACACUAGAAGAAGCUUGAGUUUUGAUAUUCAUUGUGAAGAAAUAGAUGCAUCUCCCAUGUGAAUUAUGCCAAUUAAACUCCCCUCUGUUGUUUUAUCCCCCCCAAAAUCAUGCCUGCACAUCUACAGGGGAAAAUUCAUAGGAUUGGUUAGGCCCCACAAUCCCAUUAUUUAAAUAAAAAAGAAAUUCUUCAAACAGGCAUUUAGGAACUACUGAAUUCUCCCAAAGGGACGGCAAUGAAAGGAACACUUUAUAUGUAUAAAGCCAAUCCUUUCUGAAUUAGCUUUUCAUUGCAAAUGUUUCAGUCUCGGGUUUCUGAGAGCACUUUUCUUCCUGCUCUGUCUUUGCAGUUUGGUUGGGUGGGAAGGUGUUCCUCAAGGCCUCUGGCUGUCUCUUGCAGCCACAUUACUUAUUCAUGGUUGGAUGAGGCUUCAUGGCAGACAGGUAAGCUGCUCCAAUAGGGAGCACCGAGCAAUCUCUAUAUGUAUUCAGGGAGUUGGCACAGAGCAUAUGAAAGUGGCACUUAGCUAGGACAGCAAAGAUGUGGCAUUUGAGGAGCCAUUUGGUGACCAGAUUCAUUUACAGAGAAUCAGUAGUGACAGCAAACCAAAGCCCUUUCCUUCAACUUUUGCUACAGAAGGUCAUUCUACAUGCUGGCUCCAAAAAAUGAGGCACUGGAAUGACGGUGCCCAGCCAACAGGCAUCCCCCUGCUCCCCAUACUUACUCAGGACCACAGGUGAGAACAAAGUGGGAGUGGCUAUAUAAAAGCCGUAGAAGCUUCAGGAGGCUUCCAGAUGAAUAGUGGGUAAUAUAAUUUGCCCUCCCCUACCAGAUUUUCUGACCAUAAGUGAAAAGUGUCAUUAAUCAGCCUGGCACUUUCCAGCCCCCAUCACUAGCAUUUUUGGAAUCAAAACUCUCAGAUGACCUAGAUACACUGUGACCUCUCAAUCAGACAGCUACAGCCCAGGAAAGUGCAGACUCAUCCCCACAAGGACUCACUGGUUUGACCACUUUCCAGCCCAAUGUUGCCCUCCAAGUAGACAACACCGUCUGGGGAACACAGCUUGAAAAUAGAUAGUCUGAGACUUCUCAGGUGACUCAGGUGGCAGGAAAGAGGAGAAAGUGGAGGCAGAGACUGGAAAAGGCCAAUAGAGAAUGAGUUACCCCAGCGGAGUAAAGCAAUCACCUAGGUAGUGAAUUGUCUUAAAGAACACGAAGCCUAUAUUCUAACAGAUGUAAUCAAAUUCUGUAUGGCUGACCAAAGCCCAAAUUCAUCUAGUUGCCCUAAAUGUGAUUUCUGUGGGAUCUCUUUUCAUUACCACUGUGUUUUUUUUUUUUUAAUUUAGUCAUUCAUUUUGUCAUGUAGCAUUUAGACCAAAUACCUCUGCAUUUAACAAGGGCUGUCCCUUGUGGACAUGGAUACCCCAGGAGUAAGGUCCUGCUGGGAACAACAUCCCCCAUUCCUAUAUGCCAGGGAUCAGCAAACUUCACCUGGAAAGAUCCACAUAGUCAAGGCUUUUAGUUUUAUAGGACAUAUGGUUUCUAUGGAGAGUACUCAACUCUGCCUUGUAGCUUCAAAGCAGCCAUAGACCAUGUGUAAACAAAUGAGUGUUCCAAUAAAACUUUAUUUAUAGACAUCAAAAGAGUAGACAAUUUGAAUGUACAUAAAUUUUACAUGACUUGAUUUUUUUUCUUUUACUCUUUUUUUUUCAUUUUUUUUAUUGGUUGUUCAAAACAUUACAAAGCUCAUGAUAUAUCAUCUUUCAUACAUUUGACUCAAUUGGGUUAUGAACUCCCAUUUUUACCCCAAAUACAAAUUGCAGAAUCACAUCGAUUACACACUCACAUUUUUACAUAAUGGUAUAUUAGUGACUGAUGUAUUCUGCUACCUUUCUUUUACUCUUUUGAUUAUGAUGUUCAUGCACUCAAAAAUACAGAAAUCUUUCUUAGCCCACAAGCCAUACAAAACUAACUGCCAAUCAGAUCUGGUCCCGAGGCUGUAGUUUGUUGACUCCUAUGGACAUGCAUGGAAAGCAGGCUUCCAUUUCCCAGGCAAAAGUAAAAUCCACGACCUUACCCCCAGCUCCACUCCCCAUUGGCCUUUGCUCCAAAAUCAGGAAAACUUUGUUGUCCUUCAUUUUAAGAUGUUUUAGAAAUUCAUGUUCUGAAAGUAAACAAAAACAAAACACACUUGCUAUUUUUGUACUGACAAACCCAUACACUUAUUCCUAAGACUUGGAGGCCUUGGAUCCAGGAACAGACUCAUCACUGAGCUCUGACUCCAGAGACCAGUGUUGAUUCCCCCAGGGCUCAGCACCUUCCCGGGGCGGCUCAGCCUUACUGAUUUCUAAGCAGGACUGUUCAUUAUCUCAGACUGAUUGUCACUUCAUCCCCACUCAUGCCUUUGCUCUAAAAAUGAUCCUGAAGACAUGUGACUGCUUGAAUCAAUAGCAACAUAAUCAGCAGAAAGCCCUACCCAGCACACUUCAAAAUUAGCAAUCUUCUUGGUUCUAUGACUUGAUAUUAGCAAGAAGAAGAAAAUGAACAUUUUUUCCUUAAUCAUCUCUUCACUUAAAUUAAACAAAUUGGUUUUACCAAAAAAAAAGUAAGAGGUAAAUCUAAUUCUUUUAUAUGCCAGUAAAAAAAGUAGAUGAUGUUCACAUAAAAAUCAUUUUCCGGUCUCUGGGGGAUCCCCAAAGCCUCCUGCGAAGUAUCCUGGCAGCUAUGAUGGUACAUGAUCCUCUGUCUGCAUCAGACAUUUAUCGAGGCUGACAAGCCAAAGCCCUUGGCACAAUUUAAUUUUCAUGUAACCGCUUUCUGUGGUCCAGCCGUAGGCAAAGGAAAUGAGCAAUGAAAGUUUUUAAGUCGACUCCAGCACCCUCGUUUCCCUAUCUUUAUUUGCUUUACUUUAUAAAUUUAUUCUCUAUCUGCUCUAUAGAUCUUGCUUUCGUUUUUCCUUUUGGCUCCAACUGGAAAAAGAGAGUUGGCUUGACAAGCACUAUGGAUUAGGAGGUGAGCUUCACUCUGUCCCAGGGAGACAAAAAGAGACAGAAGUUACCUCCGCCAGCACCCCAGAAAGGAAUCUGACACUUCCUGUGUGCAGUCAGCAGACAGAUGGGAGCCUGCCUUGGCAGCCACAUUCUAUAUUGGAAAAUGUGGGUACCAGGCCCUGUGCCAGGGAUGGGCAAGGAGGCGAAUGAGACAGGACCCUUGCCCAUGAGGGUCUCCUGGUCUCAUGAGCUGUUGGGAUGUUUCCCUGGACAAGUUUGAGAAGCUGUGGGUGAGCAGUCAGGACUGUCAGGGGCAGAAGGGUGGGGUCAGGGUGGUGGGAUGACUUGCUUUGGCAGUUAUCCACCCUAAGUCAGAUGGUAGGUAUGAUUCUGUCAACACCUUUCUGAGGCAGACUGAGGAGAUGUCUAGGGGAGUGGGCACGGUUCCCUUAAACGUUCCUUAAUUGUUUCUGAGCCUGACUCUGUUCACUUAGAGAAGAAGGCCAGUCACAGUGCCUGCUGGGCAGAAAUAACAUGGCUGAGAGCUGAGAUUCCAUGAAACUAAACCACAGGGACCCCUUAGGUAAGAAUAGCAGCCAGUUGGGAAGGCUGAUCCUGGUAAACGGGCUAUCAUUAGUCAAGGCCCAAAGGCUUGAUCUGCCUGGCGUGAAGGCCCCCUGAGGCCCAAAUCCAGAGCUGAGAAGCAAAGGAGGCUCCACUCAGGAGGACCUGGGAUGGCACGCGGCAUGCUAUGGAGCCGUGGUUCUUAAUAUUUGGCACCAGCAGCAGCAUCACCUGGAAACCAGUGAGAAAUGCCAAUUUCCAAACCCCACCCCAGGCCUACAGAAUCUCUGGAGGUGAGCUCAGCAAUCUACCCAUGAAAGACCUCUUUGAUUCUGCUGCAUGCAAAACCUGGAGAACCACUGGUGGAGAGGUUGAAGAGAAUGGCUUAUGCUGGCUUUAUCAGGAGCUGCUUUUAUGAUUUAUCAAGGUAAAACAGUCAAUUGCUAGUGCAGUGACAGGCGAGGGCUAACCACACUCAGGGCCGCUGGACUGCAGUGGUUUCUGGACACACUGGUCCUAGUUCCAUUUACCCUCCUCCCCUGAGGCGCAAGACAAUUCCUGCCCUGUGCCCCUGCUAUCCUAGAGAGAGACACAGCCCAGGAGAGACUAUUGUGAAACCAUCCACCCAUGAAAGACCAAGUUCCUGUCCAAUGAGCAGCUCCUCCAGGGCCAUAUUUUAUAAGGAAAGAGUGAACCUGCAGCAAUGAGUUUAGAAGGCUGGGAGGCCACUUGGUUCAUAGCCUGUAUGCUGGUGGAGCACCCAGGGCCUGGCAGAGGGUGAACGGGUCUUCAAGGACAGGUUACUACAGAAUUGUCCCUCCAUCAUGGCCUGGGGUGCGCAGCAUCCCAAUUCAAACAUUAAAUUGGAUGGGGAAUGGAUAGCUCUUCUUGGAAGGGCAGUAACUCACUGUACUAAAAGUAAAAACCAAAACCCAAAAACAAACCUGCAGUCUUAUUAAUUCUGUCUAGACUCUGCAAUUCCUAAGGCCUGGUGAGGCACCAGGUUCCACCAAGACCAUUCUGAGGAGUAGAGAAGGGAGAGUGCCUCUGGACCACUAAAGUGACACCUCCCUAGAGGCAGGGCCCCACCCCAUGACAACUUCCAGUUGAAUGAAUGGAACCAUAGCCCUCCCUUCCCAGGUACCUGAUAGGAACCCCGGAAAACAAGAUCACACAAAGCUAGUAUGGAUUCCCAACUCUUACCACCUCUGCGUGCCACCUCCCUAAGGCAAGAGGACUACCCAGUCUAUCGCAGCACCCUGGGUGCCAAGCACCGUGCCUGGCUCAUGGUAGGGGCUCCACAAAUGUUGGGUUGAAUGGCAUCCCAGAGAUCAUGUGACCUCAAAGAUUGGGCUUGGUUUGAAAAAUUAAGAUGCCCCAGUGGAGAAAGACCCUUCCAUCCUGUCUCUUAAUUUGUAAGUCAAGGUCCUUUAUAAAAUCAGAUAAAAGCAGAAAGGAAGUUCAGAUGACAAUGCUCUUGCACUCCAAAUGGAAGAGCAGGAGUGAGCUUGUUUGCUAAAUGACCCUUCCUGGCUAUAACCAGUGUACGAAGCCCUGUGCGAAGAGCAGGGGUAGAUGGCCCUACCUGCUCCAUCCUGUGGGUCAAGGGAAGCAUCCUCACCGAGGAGAGAAAGCUCUGAUUGGUUAAUGACCCCCGCCCUAUGCCUCUCUCCACUCCCUUUUAUCAGAUAUACUGCAGAGGAAAUUCAUCAACAUGAAGCUCAAUUCCCAAUAGUCUAAUGAAAAGAGGGCAACAGAUGAGAGAAGAGCCAGAACACAGACGGUGUGUAUUAAUCACAGGCAACAGACACGCGUUGGCUUUAAUGUCUGUUUGCUUUUAUCUUGAAAUGAAAAUGCAUCUCAGUUACCUGGACCCUUCCCACUGAGCAUCUCAGAAAAGAAACGGCACACACGAGCGCAUACACGCACACACACACACACAGAAUUCUUUUCCCCAGCAGAAAGAAUUGUCAGAGAAAUAAGCCCAGAGAUUUUGUCUAUUUGCACUACCCAUGGUCUCAGCUACAGACCCCAGAACCUCUGUGGGAAAGAAAGGGACAUAAAGGGUCAAGGAAGUAGCAUCUGCCCCCUGAAAGGAUUCCUUGGCGUCACACAGAUGAGGGGUUCACCUGUGCCUGUGGGUCACAGAUAGGAGUAUAACGUGUGCAUCAAUCUUUAGAGGCAAAAGUUCAGAUGUGGCACCACGGAUCCCCAGCUCCCUCAUAUGGCUACACAGGAGCUGACGGAUUCUGGAUUGGGAAGAGUUCUCCUGUUCCCAGAUACCUGUCAGGUAGUGGAAAUAAGGAACAAGUUUUGCAGGAGGUGAGGGUAGAUUUGGGAAGAUCAUUCCAAAAGUAAGAAAAGGGAUAUGGAGAGAGGAGAUAACUCAGAGUUGGGGAGUAACCCAAAGGUGGAUUGGAGAGGACCAAUCCAUCACCCAGGAAGCCAGAGAAUUGCUCUGUACCUGAAGUUAAAUUCAAGUUUCAAAGACAUUGCGGCUAAGCCUGGUCAUAUGAGGCACAAUUGAUGUCAGAGCUGUUGGAGGGUGAUUUCGGUUCUGAAUUGAACUACCCCUGCUGGGUCGAUCCACCUGGUUGCUUCAAGCUUGAGCUCAGUGGUUUCCAGAAACAGGAUUGUGGAUGCCCUGAGCUGGACAGGCUUGGCAGGAGAUUGAAGAUACCAGUCAGUGAGUUUAGAAAAGAAACUGUAUGUGGAAGAUGGUCGUUCUCAAGGGAAUCUAUAGAUAUCAGAGUUGGGUUUGUUAUGUUAUAAGCAUGGACAUUGUAAUUUUGGUAAGGAGAAGAGUCAGAAUUACUUGGUGGGGCAUUAGUUGAGGAAAUUAGAGUAACAAAUAUGAAAUAUGAGAGAUAACCAGGCUAAGGAGAGUUGAUAAUAUGUGUGUAUAUAUAUGUGCAUAAACAUGUAUUCAUGUCAUAUACACAUCCACAAUACCAAAGGAAGGUCUAAAAUGAGCUCAAUGGUACCAACACAUUCCAAAUUAUGUUACGUGUCUUUUUAAUUGCUGUUUACUCUCAGCCCUCAAAACACUGGCAAUGGUGCCUGGCACAUUGUAGGAGUUCAGUGAGCAUUUGGAAAUGAAAGGUCCAGCCUGUCACUACUUGGUGGAGACAUAGAGGUAUCCUUAUACCCCAAACUGAAUGAGCCACAGAGCAGCAGGCCAGCCACACCCCUCUUGGCCAAGGAGAAGCUUUUGUGAAUUCGCAGGUCCCCUCUGGCUCUCUGGUAGUGAAUCAUAGUGGGUUUGUACACACCUUGGACCACAUGGGAAUAACACCAUCAUGUUAUGUGUAGGAGGGGCUCUGGGACUCCCCUCCCACUGUGUCCGCCAUUUCCUUCGGCCAGUCUGAAUUGUCCAGGCUGGUCUCCUCUCAGCCCCUUCCUCCUCCCAUCUCUGGAGAUGCCUCCACCAUUUAGAAGCGUUCCAUUAGAAGCCUGUUCAAUCCUAGCUGCUCAACCAAAGUGCACGAGGAAGGAAGGUCCGGCUGGAGCCCCAGGGAUGUCCAUACAGCCGGGGGCAGGAAGAGCAGUCACCUUCCUCCCACAGACACCUUCAGUCACUGUUCCUGGCCAGGCAGUUCCUGCCAGCCUGGCUGGAGUGUCCCCGAGGUUGACUUCACUCCAGGGAAGGGCCAGCGUGUGCCUGAUGCGCGUCAGACCCUGGAUUCCCUGGCCGCCUCAGAGAAUGGAUCUUUUUAGUUUAGAAAAUGUGUUUGUUUGCUAAAUAUAUUAUCUUGUGUGUGUAUGAGUGUGGUUCAAAGGAAACCUUGGAGUACGUCACCAGGAUUGUAUGAACUUAGAGAAAGUUGAAUUUAAUUUCAGAAGAGCUCACUGUCCCCUCUGUUGACAAGGGUGCCCAGCCAAGGGGGUCAGAGAAACUGCCCUUCCCAUCCCCACCCCUCCCUGGCUAGUGGAGCUGCUGGACUCAAUUCAAACCCAUGCAGAGUGAGAGGUGCCGAGGGCCCCGUGUGUACAUAACGAGGAAGCAAAUGGGAGCCAUCGCAGGGAUCUCUCGGGCUUCUUCCCAUGACUGUGAUCUUACCCAUGUUUGAGUCACAAACUUUAAAUUUCUAACAGUUACAAUUCUUGCAGUUUCUGAGUAAUUUGUUAAAUGCCUAUUCAACACAGACAGAUAUUUAUUUUCAGCCUUGGCUUGUAAAUGCCUACAAACUGAUUCAUGUUGGUGGUCAUCACGACACUUCUGUGAAUUGGUGAAUAAAUAUGAUUUUAGAAUUUCACAGUAAA